CAGCUCUCGAAACGCGAUACUAUCCACGGAUGUGUGUUGCCAGCUCUCGAAAUGCGAUACUAUCCACGGAUGUGGUGAUAUUUUUAUAGUGUAUUAUUGUGGCGAUCUGUGCGCAUCAUACACUCUCAACAUCUCAUGCCCUACUUAUGUACACACACUCUCUGCCUAUGGUACGCGACGAGUGCAUAAACGUUAACGGAAUCCAUCUUCGCUGUUCUCAUAUUGACAACAACGGUGGCGAUGGCACUGACAACAACCUGGACGAAGAUGUUGAGCAAGGCGAGGACGAGGGUGCAGAUGAUGAUAAAGGAGAUGAGACAAACAAUGAUAACACACCGGAGAAGAAGCGUAUUGCCAAAGCCAACAGCGAUUCGAAGAGUGGUCACGUGACAAAAGAAGGGCAACAAAAGAAUGGAGAUGAGGAGGAUGCGGAUGAUGACGAAGACGAGGAAAAUGACGGAAGCCAGAAAGAUACCCUGCCAGACGAGCAGCUUGUAGAGGAAUAUGAUUCAGGCGCAGACAAAGAUGCUGUAGAGGAUGAUGAAGUGAAUGUAGGCCAUGAGGAUGGUGCUGAUGGCAGCGAUAAGGAUAGUACCAUGGACAAGAACGCCGCAGACGACACAGACGACCCUGGCCCCAUUACGCAG